AAGGGAUCAGGAGGGCUUGGUAACACGUGCCUGUAUUUAAACGGGCCGGAAAGAAUGCGUCUGGUCAGGACACCUAGACCAGUACAGACAUUUACAAAAGCAGGGCAUUAGAAACUUUCACUUGAGAAGAUGGCUUUCCCUCCGGGCCUUAGUUUCUUUACGUUUGAAGAGAAGGACUCGUGAUCCGACAUUCUGCCAUCAGCAAGCAAGCUUUCACAGAGGAAGACAGAACAAAGAUGCAUUCUUCAUUUGCCCUCUGGCAAGAAGAGUAUCUGCUGAGGGCUUUUGGAAACACAAGGAAGUCAGUACUGCAAGAUGUUGUCCUGGGAACCCCAAGUUAUAAAAUAAUCAUGUGACAGUCACUGUGAUCAGAGUCCGGCAGGGUAAGGUUUUAUGAAUGACCCUGCUUCUUUUUCUAUCUUGUCUGAUUUUCUCCUGCCUGACCUUUUCCUGGUUAAAAAUCUGGGGAAAAAUGACGGACUCCAAGCCAGUCGCCAAGAAUAACCCAGAGGCCAGCUCCAUCCCAAGCCACGAGCCCUGUCCAGCUUCCAACAGCUCAGAAGAGCCACCACAGAAAAAUGGCGACAACAGUUCUCUGCCAAAGACUCCUAACCAAGCUGAGCUGGCUUCCCACAAAGAUCCCAAAGAUGCCUGUUGGCAAAGAACCUCCCGGCCACCCCCACAUCGGAAUCCCCUAAAAAAACCCCUUUCCUCGGGCGAUUCCUCCCCAGCCAGUGGGACAGGGACCCAAGGCCUGGAAGCCGCAGACACCAAUGGCCAGUCCUCGCCGGCCAGGCUCCAGGGCCAGCGAGCCAGACCCCUCUCCAAAGAAGAUGAGAAGCAGGCACACAUCAGGAGGCAGCUGAUGACCAAGUUCAUCCUGGGCUCCUUUGAUGACAACUCCUCUGAUGAGGACCCUGGCACGGGCUUGUUCCGAGAAUCUUCCCGCAAGGGCAGCCGGGCCAGCCUGGGGGCUCUGUCCCUGGAAGCUGCUCUGACUACAGGGGACUCCGAGACCCCCGUUUCUACUAUAAGGCCCAGUAUGUCAGGACUCCACCUGGUGAAGAGAGGCCGAGAACAGAAGAAGAUGGAUCUGCACAGAGACUUCACUGUGGCUUCCCCAGCCGAGUUUGUCACACGCUUUGGGGGGGAUCGGGUCAUUGAGAAGGUGCUCAUUGCCAACAAUGGCAUUGCCGCUGUGAAGUGCAUGCGCUCCAUCCGCAGGUGGGCCUACGAGAUGUUCCGAAAUGAGCGGGCCAUCCGGUUUGUAGUCAUGGUGACCCCGGAGGACCUCAAGGCCAAUGCAGAGUACAUCAAGAUGGCAGAUCAGUAUGUCCCUGUGCCAGGAGGGCCCAACAAUAACAAUUAUGCCAACGUGGAGCUGAUCGUGGACAUUGCCAAGAGAAUCCCUGUGCAGGCGGUGUGGGCUGGCUGGGGCCAUGCUUCCGAAAACCCCAAACUUCCGGAGCUCCUGUGCAAGCACGACAUUGCUUUCUUAGGCCCUCCCAGCGAGGCCAUGUGGGCCCUGGGAGAUAAGAUCGCCUCCACCAUCGUGGCCCAGACGCUGCAGAUUCCCACGCUGCCCUGGAGUGGAAGCGGUCUGACGGUGGAGUGGGCAGAAGAUAGCCUGCAGCAUGGAAAAAGAAUCAGUGUCCCGGAAGAUGUUUACAACCAGGGUUGUGUGAAGGAUAUAGAUGAGGGCUUAGAGGCGGCAGAAAAAAUUGGUUUUCCGUUGAUGAUCAAAGCUUCUGAAGGCGGUGGAGGGAAAGGAAUCCGGAAAGCAGAGAGUGCUGAGGAUUUCCCAAUCCUUUUCAGACAAGUGCAGAGCGAGAUCCCGGGCUCCCCCAUUUUUCUCAUGAAGCUGGCCCAGCACGCCCGUCACCUAGAGGUCCAGAUCCUUGCCGACCAGUAUGGGAACGCCGUGUCCCUGUUUGGGCGAGACUGCUCCAUCCAGCGGCGGCACCAGAAAAUCAUCGAGGAGGCACCUGCCACCAUCGCCACACCAGCUGUGUUCGAGUUCAUGGAGCAGUGUGCUGUCCUCCUGGCCAAGACCGUGGGCUACGUGAGUGCAGGGACAGUUGAAUAUCUCUACAGCCAGGAUGGCAGCUUCCACUUCUUGGAGCUGAAUCCCCGUCUGCAGGUGGAACACCCCUGCACAGAAAUGAUUGCUGAUGUCAACCUGCCGGCCGCUCAGCUUCAGGUCGCCAUGGGCGUGCCACUGCACCGGCUGAAAGAUAUCCGGCUUCUGUAUGGAGAGUCACCGUGGGGGGUGACACCCAUUUCUUUUGAUUUCCCUUCCAACCCUCCCCUCGUCCGAGGCCACGUUAUUGCAGCCAGAAUCACCAGUGAAAACCCAGAUGAGGGGUUUAAGCCGAGCUCCGGAACAGUCCAGGAACUGAAUUUCCGCAGCAGCAAGAAUGUGUGGGGUUAUUUUAGCGUGGCUGCUAGUGGUGGCUUACAUGAGUUUGCUGAUUCUCAGUUCGGGCACUGCUUCUCUUGGGGAGAGAACCGGGAAGAGGCCAUUUCCAACAUGGUGGUGGCUUUGAAGGAACUGUCCAUCCGAGGCGACUUCAGGACCACCGUGGAAUAUCUCAUUAAACUCCUGGAGACAGAGAGCUUCCAGAACAACGACAUCGACACUGGGUGGUUGGAUCACCUCAUUGCUCAGAAAGUGCAGGCCGAGAAGCCAGAUAUCAUGCUCGGGGUGGUGUGCGGAGCCUUGAACGUGGCUGAUGCAAUGUUCAGAACCUGCAUGACGGAUUUCUUACACUCGCUGGAAAGGGGCCAGGUCCUCCCCGCGGAUUCUCUGCGGAAUACUGUGGACGUGGAAUUAAUUUACGGAGGCAUCAAGUACAUUCUCAAGGUGGCUCGGCAGUCUUUGACCAUGUUCGUCCUUAUCAUGAAUGGCUGUCACAUCGAGAUUGAUGCCCACCGGCUGAACGAUGGUGGGCUUCUACUGUCGUAUGAUGGCAACAGCUACACGACCUACAUGAAAGAAGAGGUCGACAGUUACCGGAUUACCAUCGGCAACAAGACGUGUGUAUUUGAGAAGGAGAAUGACCCCACAGUCCUGAGGUCCCCGUCGGCUGGGAAGCUGACUCAGUACACGGUGGAGGACGGCGGCCACGUGGAGGCUGGAGGCAGCUACGCUGAGAUGGAGGUAAUGAAGAUGAUCAUGGCCUUGAACGUGCAGGAAAGUGGCCGGGUGAAGUACAUCAAGAGGCCGGGGGCCGUGCUGGAAGUAGGCUGUGUGGUGGCCAGGCUGGAGCUUGAUGACCCUUCUAAAGUGCACCCGGCCGAGCCGUUCACAGGAGAGCUCCCUCCCCAGCAAACUCUGCCUAUCAUGGGAGAGAAACUACACCAGGUCUUCCACAACGUCCUGGAAAACCUGACUAACAUCAUGAAUGGCUACUGUCUGCCGGAGCCUAUUUUUAGCAUAAAACUGAAGGAGUGGGUGCAGAAGCUCAUGAUGACCCUCCGACACCCGUCGCUGCCGCUGCUGGAGCUGCAAGAGAUCAUGACCAGCGUGUCGGGCCGCAUUCCCGCCCCCGUGGAGAAGUCGGUCCGCAGGGUGAUGGCCCAGUAUGCCAGCAACAUCACGUCGGUGCUGUGCCAGUUCCCCAGCCAGCAGAUAGCUACCAUCCUGGACUGCCACGCGGCCACCCUGCAGCGGAAAGCCGACCGGGAGGUCUUCUUCAUGAACACGCAGAGCAUCGUGCAGUUGGUCCAGAGGCUGACCCCGUUCAGCAUCCCAACUCUAUACCGCAGCGGGACCCGUGGCUACAUGAAGGCAGUGGUGUUGGAUCUCCUGCGAAAAUAUUUACAUGUCGAGCACCAUUUCCAACAAGCCCACUACGACAAGUGUGUGAUAAACCUCAGGGAACAGCUGAAGCCCGAUAUGUCCCAGGUGCUGGACUGCAUCUUCUCCCAUGCGCAGGUGGCUAAGAAGAACCAGCUGGUGAUCAUGUUGAUCGAUGAGCUCUGUGGCCCAGACCCUUCCCUGUCGGAGGAGCUCACCUCCAUCCUCAACGACCUCACUCAGCUGAGCAAAAGCGAGCACUGCAAAGUGGCCCUCAGAGCCAGACAGGUCUUGAUUGCCUCCCACCUCCCUUCCUACGAGCUGAGGCACAACCAGGUGGAGUCCAUUUUCCUGUCUGCCAUCGACUCAUACGGCCACCAAUUUUGCCCGGAAAACCUCAAGGGUCUCCUGUCCCCUGACUCUGGCUCAUUUACAAGCUUCCAGAAAUUAAUACUCUCAGAAACGACCAUAUUUGAUGUCCUGCCCACUUUCUUCUAUCAUGCUAACAAAGUCGUUUGCAUGGCGUCCUUGGAGGUUUAUGUGCGGAGGGGCUACAUCGCCUAUGAGUUAAACAGCCUGCAGCACCGGCAGCUUCCGGACGGCACCUGCGUGGUGGAAUUCCGGUUCAUGCUGCCCUCCUCUCACCCAAACCGGAUGGCUAUGCCCAUCAGUGUCACCAACCCCGACCUGCUGAGGCACAGCACUGAGCUGUUCAUGGACAGUGGCUUCUCCCCCCUGUGCCAGCGGAUGGGGGCCAUGGUCGCCUUCCGGAGAUUCGAGGAGUUCACCAGGAACUUUGAUGAAGUCAUCUCCUGCUUCGCCAACGUGCCCAGGGACACCCCCCUUUUCGGCAAGGCCCGCACUUCCUUGUACUGUGACGAAGACGGCAAGAACUUCAGAGAAGAGCCGAUCCACAUCUUGAAUGUGGCCAUCCAGUGCGCGGACCACCUGCAGGACGAGGAGCUGGUGCCGAUUUUGCGGACAUUUGUACAGUCCAAGAAAAACAUCCUUGUGGAUUACGGACUCCGAAGAAUCACAUUCCUGAUUGCCCAAGAGAAAGAAUUUCCCAAGUUUUUCACAUUCAGAGCAAGAGACCAGUUUGCAGAAGAUCGCAUUUACCGUCACCUGGAGCCCGCCCUGGCCUUCCAGCUGGAGCUCAGCCGGAUGCGCAAUUUCGAUCUGACUGCCGUGCCCUGCGCCAACCACAAGAUGCACCUUUACCUGGGCUCUGCCAAGGUGAAGGAAGGUGCGGAAGUGACGGACCACAGGUUCUUCAUCCGCGCCAUCAUCAGGCACUCGGACCUGAUUACAAAGGAAGCCUCCUUUGAGUACCUACAGAAUGAGGGUGAGCGGCUGCUGUUGGAGGCCAUGGACGAGCUGGAGGUGGCGUUCAACAACACCAGCGUGCGCACCGACUGCAACCACAUCUUCCUCAACUUCGUGCCCACGGUCAUCAUGGACCCCUACAAGAUUGAGGAGUCGGUGCGUUCCAUGGUGAUGCGCUACGGCAGCCGGCUGUGGAAACUGCGCGUGCUGCAGGCGGAGGUCAAGAUCAACAUCCGGCAGGCCACCGCCAGCAGUGUGCUUCCCAUCCGCCUGUUCAUCACCAACGAGUCGGGCUACUACCUGGACAUCAGCCUCUACAAAGAAGUCACCGAUCUCAGAUCCGGAAACAUCAUGUUUCACUCCUUUGGCCACAAGCAAGGGCCCCAGCAUGGGAUGCUGAUCAACACUCCCUACGUCACCAAGGAUCUGCUUCAGGCCAAGCGAUUCCAGGCUCAGUCCUUGGGAACCACCUACGUGUACGACUUCCCAGAAAUGUUCAGGCAGGCUCUCUUUAAACUGUGGGGCUCCCCAGAGAAGUACCCCAAAGACAUCCUGACAUACACUGAACUGGUGCUGGACCCUCAGGGCCAGCUGGUAGAGAUGAACCGACUUCCUGGAGGAAAUGAGGUGGGCAUGGUGGCCUUCAAAAUGAGGCUUAAGACCCGAGAGUAUCCGGAAGGUCGAGAUGUGAUCGUCAUCAGCAACGACAUCACCUUUAGCAUCGGAUCCUUUGGCCUGGGAGAAGACCUUCUGUACCUGCGGGCAUCCGAGAUGGCCCGGGCAGAGGGCAUCCCCAAAAUCUACCUCGCAGCCAACAGCGGGGCCCGGAUCGGCCUUGCAGAGGAAAUCAAACACAUGUUCCAGGUGGCUUGGGUGGACCCAGAAGAUCCCCACAAAGGGUUUAAAUACCUGUACCUGACUCCGCAAGACUACACCAGAAUCAGCUCUCUGAACUCUGUCCAUUGUAAACACAUCGAAGAAGAAGGAGAAUCCAGGUAUGUCAUCACGGAUAUAAUUGGGAAGGAGGAUGGCCUGGGCGUGGAGAACCUGCGGGGUUCAGGCAUGAUUGCUGGGGAGUCCUCUCUGGCUUAUGAUGAGAUCGUCACCAUUAGCUUGGUGACCUGCCGAGCUCUUGGGAUCGGAGCCUACUUGGUGAGGCUGGGCCAGCGAGUGAUCCAGGUGGAAAACUCCCAUAUAAUCUUGACAGGAGCCGGUGCUCUCAACAAGGUCCUGGGCAGGGAGGUUUACACAUCCAACAACCAGCUGGGCGGCGUGCAGAUCAUGCAUUGCAAUGGUGUCUCCCACAUCACCGUGCCGGACGACUUCGAGGGCGUUUAUACCAUCCUGGAGUGGCUGUCCUAUAUGCCAAAGGAUAAUCACAGCAUGGUCCCUAUCAUCACACCCACCGACCCCAUUGACAGAGAAAUUGAAUUCCUGCCAUCGAGAGCUCCCUAUGACCCCCGGUGGAUGCUUGCGGGAAGGCCUCACCCAACUCUGAAGGGAUCCUGGCAGAGUGGAUUCUUCGACCAGGGCAGUUUCAGGGAAAUCCUGGAGCCCUGGGCCCAGACGGUGGUGACGGGACGAGCAAGGCUGGGGGGAAUCCCUGUCGGAGUGAUUGCCGUGGAGACGCGGACGGUGGAGGUGGUGGUGCCUGCGGACCCCGCCAACCUGGAUUCCGAGGCCAAGAUCACCCAGCAGGCGGGCCAGGUGUGGUUCCCAGACUCAGCCUACAAGACGGCCCAGGUCAUCAAGGAUUUCAACCGAGAGAAGUUGCCCCUGAUGAUCUUUGCCAACUGGAGGGGUUUCUCCGGUGGCAUGAAGGACAUGUAUGACCAGGUGCUGAAGUUUGGAGCCUACAUCGUGGAUGGCCUCAAGCAGUACAAACAGCCUGUCCUCAUCUAUAUCCCACCCUACGCUGAGCUCCGGGGCGGCUCCUGGGUGGUCGUGGAUUCCACCAUCAACCCCCUGUGCAUAGAAUUGUACGCGGACAAAGAGAGCAGGGGGGGUGUUUUGGAGCCGGAGGGAACAGUGGAAAUUAAGUUCCGAAAGAAAGAUCUGGUAAAGGCCAUGAAAAGGAUCGAUCCAACUUACAAGAAGCUUGUGGAACAGCUAGGAACGUCCGAGCUCUCGGACAAGGACCGCAAGGACCUGGAGGGUCGGCUGAAGGCCCGGGAGGACCUGCUGCUGCCCAUCUACCACCAGGUGGCGGUGCAGUUCGCCGACCUCCAUGAUACACCCGGCAGGAUGCUGGAGAAGGGCGUCAUUUCUGACAUCCUGGAGUGGAAGACGUCACGCACCUUCCUGUACUGGCGCCUGCGCCGCCUCCUGCUGGAGGCCCAGGUCAAACAGGAGAUCCUGCAGGUCAGCAGUGAGCUGAGCUACGUGCACAUCCAGUCCAUGCUGCGCCGCUGGUUCGUGGAGUCGGAGGGGGCCGUCAAGGCCUACCUGUGGGACAACAACCAGACGGUGGUGCAGUGGCUGGAGCAGCACUGGCAGGUGGGGGACGGCCUACGUUCUCCCAUCCACGAGAACAUCAAGUACCUGAAACGGGACUCUGUCCUCAAGACCAUCCGAGGCCUGGUCCAGGAAAACCCGGAGGUGGCCCUGGACUGCAUAAUGUACAUGAGCCAGCAUAUCAGCCCGGCCGAGCGGGCCCAAGUCACUCAGCUCCUGUCCACCAUGGACAGCCAGGCCUCCACCUGAACCCCGCCCGCCCGGCCACUUGCAGGACCACCGGCGAGAGAGACCACGCUGACCUGCUGACCACAGGCCCUCACCAGGACCUUAGGGGUUUGCUUUCCAAAAAAAAAAAAAAAAAUUCCUGGGCAUUUCUGCAGAACUGCUGGCUCCCACCUCACUCCUGUCUCAAUGAACGGCUCAGGCGUGCCCCUUCCAGGCAGACAGCAACCUCUCCAUUGUCGGGAAGUUUGUUUUGUUUUAUCUCUUCAGACGUUUUUGCUGCCUCACUGAAUUGAAUUGAACCCAAACGCCCCACUUUCUUUUUCCUUUCCGGGCCCUACCAUACGGGAUCCAGGUGUCAUUUUAGGCUCAUUUUAUAUCAGAUCAUGCAACCUUUUAUUUUUUUACUCGGAGACCAGCUCUUAUUGUAAGUAUCUUCUAUAUGUCAGCAGAAGAAAGAGGCCAGGAAAAGAAAUAUAGAGACAAGACAAGGAAAAGAAACCCAUUUUUGUAAUGAUGCUAUCUGGAGACUAUCAAGUCAUCCAGGAAGGAGCACAAGUGAUUUUUUUAUAAGGGGAAUAAAAUGGUAUUUUGUUCCCCAGAUGACCCCUAGUGAGUCACUAGGAAUGUCCCCUGGCAGGCCAUGCUCAGCACUCAUCAGCAAAGAUUCUCUUUUUGAGAGAGGGAAAGCAAAAUGAGCAGAAUUACCUGGCCAUCAGUUCCAGGGCAUUGGGAGAUCUCUUCUGCGUGUCACAAGCCCUCUGCCUGCCUUGUCCCUCUGAGGACAAUAAAGACUAGCCCCUCCCCGACUGCAGGACUGGCCACCCUCCCUGGCACGCACCCUCCUGCUCUGUUGAGAAACAGAGCAGGAGAAAAAGCCCUCCCCAAACUCACAGCACAACCUGCUGCCGAGCGUUACCACUGUGACUGCCGUGGCCCCUUGGAGGGGUUACCAGUCACCACCGGUUUCUCACCUGUUGCCUUGAUGUCCGUGGUGGGAUCUGGCCCCGAGGGGCAGAGCUGUCGGUUUCCAAGGACUGACCACAAGGACCACACUGAUUUGCUCAGGGAGGCCUUUGACACGCACACCAGCACCCAGCUCUGAAGGCUGCACGGCGGCAGGACCUGGGUGCCAGCGACGGGGGGAGUUGGCCACCCCCACUGUGGUGAUGGGCAGUUUGUCUGAGGACGCCCAGCGUUACGCCUGGCCAAUGUGGAGGACACUGAAGGGGCCAUCAAGGCUGCCCGGGGAAGCCCCCGCAAGCCAGUUGCUUGAGGAAGUCGGAAAAAAACAGUCUGUCCAUCAGCCAAUGACAGCCCUGGCUUGUGAAUGUGGUGGUGUGGGGGCAGGGCGGGGUGCGGGAGAAAGAAGAAUUAUUCCUUGUCCCAUCCCAAGGCCAGUGGGGGACGGGGGGAGUCCAUGCUGCUUUGAGAACCGAAUAUGUUUCCCCGGUGUAGGAGGCCCCCUUGGUUCUGGAGGGAAAGUCCAGUCGAUGACUAGCUGCUAUCCAGGAAUGGUGGGUGGAGGAACCUGCCGGGAGAUGUGUGGAAUAAAUUAUUUUUUAAA